ACGGAAUCGCGGAAGAGAUUCUGCAGUCCUACUAGUUUGGCAAGUUCUCUGCGACUCAAAGCGGCGUAGAAAGGCGGGGAUCGGUGCACUAUCUGACUAUUACGCGCGUUAGUUCACUUCGCAGUCCCGCAGACGCUAAACGAGGAGUCAUGGAGCCUGCUAUUAAAACCAUAGUGGAUGUCUACCUGAAGUCCAGCAAAGGGAAGGAGAGCCUGGGAAAGAAGGAGUUUCAGACCCUCGUCAAGACUCAGCUCAGCAACAUCCUCUCGGAUACAGACAGUAAGGAGGCGAUCAACAACAUGGCUGCCGGUCUUGACGAGAACCAUGAUGGUAACCUGGGCUUCCCCGAGUACAUGAAGCUGAUUGGAUACUUGGCCAUCUCCCUGAGCGAACAGCGCGCACUUGCCAAAGAGGAGUCUAACCAGAACGCCACAGGCCAAGUGGCUCAGACCGAGGCUAACGCAGAGGUCAAGGCUGAGCCUAAAGUGGAGGUGAGGGAGGAGCUUGCCGCAGCAGUUCCUGCUGUAGAGCUCAAUGUAGAGGCUCCCAAGGUUGAAGCAGAGGGAGAGGUGAAGACCGAAAUAGAGCUCCCCAAAGAAGAGACCACUGAUGUGGUGGUCACCACGACAACAACAACAGUGGUGACAGAGGAGAUCAAUGGAGAGGUCACUGAGGUGACGGAAGUGACGAAGGUGGUGGAGGAGGUGAAAGAGGAGACAGUAAAAGCAGAAGAUGCUCCUGCGGCUGAAGAGAAGAAAGAGGAGACAGCUUCAUAGAGGACAGUACUGACCCAAAGUCCACACUACAGAGCAAUAGCCCUGCCACUCUCCAGUGGCAACAAACUCCUGAUUUUGUAAAACACUACCCGAACCCUGAAAUAAUGAACUCUGGCAAACACUAAAAUCAAGUCUAAAAAUAUCUAAAAAGUAUAUGCCUUUAUAUUUGAUAUCCCUUGUAGAUGGCAUUUGAGUGUGACUUUGUACUACUACUUUAUGUCCAUAUGUACAGCAUGUGUAUCCCCUUAUUUAGCACGUUUACCUCAUGAUAUAUGAUGCUAUGAGUCGAUCCCUGUGAAACAUGUGCCACUUGACAAACCACUAGAGCCAAUGCGUCCCAUCUCUCUCAUCAGGCUCAGGGCUGUAUCAACUGUCAACAAAACAACUCCAGAACAACUUUACACCAUUUUAACAUGACAAUAAACAAGUCGUUUUGCUUUUGUCCCUAUUCCUCCAUUCACUCUCACUUCUGCCUUUUGUUAGUCUAAACCACACUGACCCCAGUUUUGGGAUCCCCCAAAAGAUUAUUUUCUCUUGGAGCAUCCAUGGGUUACAAGGUGGACAGCCUGUAGUUAAAUAAUUAAGUGUCCAAGAUGGAAAGCACACCAAAAGGCCCUGUGGUUCAAAGGAGGUCUGUGUCGUCCAUUGGGAUCAGGCUUUAGGUCAGGGAGGUGUUCGCUCAUGCAACCUAAUCCUGAGGAUUAGAUCUGGCCAUAGCUCCACUAACUAAAGACUACAGAGUCUCGGACACGACAGGUGUCACUGGUGUUAGAUAUGAGAAUAUGUGCCUGAUUCAGUCCUACUGUGAGAUGUGGGCCAACUGCAGUAAUGAGCAGAGCCCAUAUAGAAAUACCCUAUUGUUUUGUGAGCCUGUUGUUUUCACUUGUCCACGCUUGUGUUUAUUGUCUUUGCUGGUCACGCCCCAGUACAGUUAAAAACCCUGUUUGACCUGCAACUGGAUCCUUAUGUCCCGAGCAUUGGAAUAGUGUGGAUUAAGCAUCUGGUGGUAACACGCCCAAGGAAACAAACAAUUACAUGAAAGUAAUCCUGGGCUUCAGGGAUGCGCUGAUCAGACAAGAGCUGGUAGUAGUUUUAUGAUAUGUGGAAUAAAAUACUGAGCCAUCAACAUGAACCUAUGUGCUUUUUUAUGCCAGUGUAAAACAUUGCAUGCUCAAAAAUCUAUUUUGUUAUUUGCUGUUACUAUGGCCAUUGCUUCAUGUAUACAGGUUCCUACCAUAUUGUAUUUAUCGUUUUUAUUGGACCACUAUGGAUAUCACUUGAAAAUGCUUUACCCCAUUAUAUGAAAUUAUAAUUUUAUAUUUUUUUAUCAUUAAUAAUUCAGCCUUAUGAAAAUGGCUGUUGUUUCUUUAAUAUGUUUUCUAGGAGGUUUGCUUGGCCAGCCUGUUUUACUUUCAGCUGUAUCGCUGCAGCACCUGGCGCUCAAACCGCUAAACAGAAAGACAAAUACAGUACUAUAUCCCUGCCUCUAUGGGACACUCCCAUUGUAAAUACAACAGUCUUAUACACUACUCAGCCUUUUCCUUGAUAUUUCCUGCAUGCUUUUUACAGACUAACAACCAUUAUAUUGGACAUGUGGGCUUUUAAACAAUAUUUUUAUAGGUAUAUUUUUAUAUUUUACAUAUUAUGGUACUUCUUGUGAAUAUUGGAGACAUAUCAGAGCUUUGCACCAUUUACAAGGGCUAAACUCGCAUCUUGUACAUGCAGACCACACCAGCAGGCUACAUACUUUUGAGGUCCCAAUAGGCCAGUGGUUUCAUUUUGCAAUCUUCUUUCCUCUCCCUCUUUCAGAAUCAAUGGAAUAAGUGUCUCAAAUUAACCAGAACUUGCACUACACAUAAAACUGGACUCUUGCCAAUACAUUCCUGUCCAAAUGAGAUGUUAUGUGCAAAUUCUUUUAAUGCAGCUUUGGAGUUUAACCUCUUAAAUGAUAGCGAUAAUAAGUUGCAUAAAUCUAGUGACUUUAGGGGCGCCUUUUGAAAUGUCUGGCUGUAAUAAUGUAAGCUGUCCCAUAGUGAAAACCCCACCCAUCCUUGAUGUUGAUUAGAAACAUUUGCAGGAGGGAGUGUUUACAGCCACACUUUUAUUACUGCACAAUACGUCUUAUUAUAUGAAGAGAUACCAUUCCGGCGGAUGUGCAGAUGUGCUUUUGUCCCCAUUGUAUUUUUAUUUCCUCCCCAAUUAAAAGUUCAUUGCAAUGUCUUGUAAACAUCAUUUGUAUUUCAAACUUGUAAUGCUGUAUCAUUUGUGCCUUAUCUAUGUAACAUGUAAUGGCUAAUAUUGAAUAAAACUGUGACAA